CAUUCUGCAGUUGGUACCAGAACUCUGGAUCCUGAACUGGAAGAAAAUGUCUAUCCAGGUUGAGCAUCCUGCUGGCGGUUACAAGAAACUGUUUGAAACUGUGGAGGAACUGUCCUCGCCACUCACAGCUCAUGUAACAGGCAGGAUCCCGCUCUGGCUCACCGGCAGUCUCCUUCGAUGUGGGCCAGGACUCUUUGAAGUUGGAUCUGAGCCAUUUUACCACCUGUUUGAUGGGCAAGCCCUCCUGCACAAGUUUGACUUUAAAGAAGGACAUGUCACAUACCACAGAAGGUUCAUCCGCACUGAUGCUUACGUACGGGCAAUGACUGAGAAGAGGAUUGUCAUCACAGAAUUUGGCACCUGUGCUUUCCCAGACCCCUGCAAGAAUAUAUUUUCCAGGUUUUUUUCUUACUUUCGAGGAGUGGAGGUUACCGACAAUGCCCUUGUUAAUGUCUACCCAGUGGGGGAAGAUUACUACGCUUGCACAGAGACCAACUUUAUUACAAAGAUUAAUCCAGAGACGUUGGAGACAAUUAAGCAGGUUGAUCUUUGCAACUAUGUCUCUGUCAAUGGGGCCACUGCUCACCCCCACAUUGAAAAUGAUGGAACCGUUUACAAUAUUGGUAAUUGCUUUGGAAAAAAUUUUUCAAUUGCCUACAACAUUGUAAAGAUCCCACCACUGCAAGCAGACAAGGAAGAUCCAAUAAGCAAGUCAGAGAUCGUUGUACAAUUCCCCUGCAGUGACCGAUUCAAGCCAUCUUACGUUCAUAGUUUUGGUCUGACUCCCAACUAUAUCGUUUUUGUGGAGACACCAGUCAAAAUUAACCUGUUCAAGUUCCUUUCUUCGUGGAGUCUUUGGGGAGCCAACUACAUGGAUUGUUUUGAGUCCAAUGAAACCAUGGGGGUUUGGCUUCAUAUUGCUGACAAAAAAAGGAAAAAGUACCUCAAUAAUAAAUACAGGACUUCUCCUUUCAACCUCUUCCAUCACAUCAACACCUAUGAAGACAAUGGGUUUCUGAUUGUGGAUCUCUGCUGCUGGAAAGGAUUUGAGUUUGUUUAUAAUUACUUAUAUUUAGCCAAUUUACGUGAGAAUUGGGAAGAGGUGAAAAAAAAUGCCAGAAAGGCUCCCCAACCUGAAGUUAGGAGAUAUGUACUUCCUUUGAAUAUUGACAAGGCUGACACAGGCAAGAAUUUAGUUACGCUCCCCAAUACAACUGCCACUGCAAUUCUGUGCAGUGACGAGACUAUCUGGCUGGAGCCUGAGGUUCUCUUUUCAGGGCCUCGCCAAGCAUUUGAGUUUCCUCAAAUCAAUUACCAGAAGUAUUGUGGGAAACCUUACACAUAUGCAUAUGGACUUGGCUUGAAUCACUUUGUUCCAGAUAGGCUCUGUAAGCUGAAUGUCAAAACUAAAGAAACUUGGGUUUGGCAAGAGCCUGACUCAUACCCAUCAGAACCCAUCUUUGUUUCUCACCCAGAUGCCUUGGAAGAAGAUGAUGGUGUAGUUCUGAGUGUGGUGGUGAGCCCAGGAGCAGGACAAAAGCCUGCUUAUCUCCUGAUUCUGAAUGCCAAGGACUUAAGUGAAGUUGCCCGGGCUGAAGUGGAGAUUAACAUCCCUGUCACCUUUCAUGGACUGUUCAAAAAAUCUUGAGCAUACUCUAGCAAGAUAUGUUUUUGGUAGCAAAACCGAGAAAAUCAGCUUCAGGUCUGCAAUCAAAUUCUGUUCAGUUUUAUCCUGCUAUAUGUCAUGGUUUUAACUUGCAGAUGAGCACAAUUUUGCAAUGUUUUACAGAAAGCACUGAGUUGAGCAAGCAAUUCCUUUAUUUAAAAAAAAAGUACAUAUUUAGAUAAUCAUACUUCCUCUGUGAGACAGGCCAUAACUGAAAAACUCUUAAAUAUUUAGCAAUCAAAUAGGAAAUGAAUGUGGACUUACUAAAGGGCUUUUAAUUCCCAUUAUAAGAGCAUAUUGUAGGUACCUAUCUGCUCCAAUUAUAUUUUUAACAUUUAAAAACCAAAGUCCUCUACACUUGAUUUAUAUUAUAUGUGGCUUUGCUGAGUCAAGGAAGUAUCAUGCAAUAAGGCUUAAUUACUAAAUGUCAAACCAAACUUUUUCUCAAACUAGGGACUAUCAUCUAAGAUUAAUUACAGUAAUUAUUUUGCGUAUAUGUAACUGCUUAAAGAUUAUGAAUCUUAUGAAUAUUAACCUUUCCGCUUAUUACAGGCAAGUACUAUUAUUUCUGAUUUUAUAAUAAGAAAAUCUAUGUUUAAUCAACUGAGGCCUCUCAACCAAAUAACAUCUCAGAGAUUAAGUUAUAUAUUAAAAGCUUAUGUAACAUAAAAGCAAGUACAUAUAGUAGUGACUAUAUUAAAAAAAACAGAGCAUAAAAUACUUAAAAAUGUAAUAUUUACUUAAAAUCAGAUUAUGGGAUGAUGUUGCAGGAUUAUACUUUAUUGCAUCUUUUUUGUUUAAUUAUAUUUAAGCAUUGUGCAAUUACUUGGGAAAAAUAUUAAAUUAUUAACAUUCAGGUAUUAAUGCAUUUUAAGCCUUUUGUUUUUAAAUUUCUUUUGUUCUAGAGAUUGUUUAAAAAUAAAUAUUGACAAAAAUAA